CCAUCUGGACUGAGAGAGACUCAUUUGGAGGUCACCAUGGCUCGCUGGGGAUUCCUCUGCCUCACAUUUGCCUUCUGCCUGGGCAUAGCAGGGGCUGCAAAGCUGGGCAUCGUAAUCACGGAAGGAGGCUUUGUGGAAGGAGUCAAUAAAAAGUUGGGCCUUUUUGGAAACUAUGUAGAUAUCUUCAAAGGAAUCCCUUUUGCAGCACCAACAAAGACCUUAGAAGACCCUCAGCCACACCCUGGCUGGCCAGGCACCUUGGAGGCCAAGGAGUACAAGAAACGUUGCCUGCAAUCCAACCUCAUGCAGACAGAUGUUCGGGGUAGUGAAGAUUGUCUUUACUUGAACAUUUGGGUUCCUCAAGGGAAGAAAACUGUUUCCACCAACCUACCAGUGAUGGUCUGGAUUUAUGGAGGGGCCUUCCUCUGGGGAGGUGGACAAGGUCCCAAUUUUCUCCAGAACUACCUCUAUGAUGGGCAGGAGAUUGCUACCCGUGGAAAUGUCAUCGUGGUGACCUUUAACUACCGUCUUGGACCUCUGGGCUUCCUCAGUACGGGAGAUGCCAACCUUCCAGGUAACUAUGGCCUUAAAGACCAGCACAUGGCUAUUGCCUGGGUGAAGAGAAACAUCAGAAACUUUGGAGGAGACCCUGACAACAUCACAAUCUUUGGGGAGUCUGCUGGGGCUGUUAGUGUCUCCUUACAGAUGCUAUCCCCACACAACAAAGGAUUGAUCAAACGGGCCAUCACUCAGAGUGGAGUUGGUCUUUGCUCAUGGGCCAUUCAGAAGGACCCUCUCUUCUGGGCUACCAAGGUGGCUGAGAAAGUGGGCUGCCCCACGGACAACACCACCACCAUGGCAAACUGCCUGAAGGUCACUGACCCUGCAGCUCUGACCCUUGGCUACCACCUUGAUGUCAUUGGCCUAAAAUAUCCACUUGUCCAUUACCUUGCUUUCUCCCCUGUGGUUGAUGGUGAUUUCCUACCAGAUGCACCGGAAAAUCUCUUUGACAAUGCUGCCGACAUUGAUUACAUUGCCGGGGUGAACAACAUGGAUGGCCAUUUCUUUGCCUCAAUUGACAUGCCUGCCCUCAAUCGUCCACUUAAGAAAAUCACACCGGAAGAUGUUUAUACUGUCGCUCAAGGGCUGACUAUGGAGAAGGGGGUGGAGGGAGCAUUCAGAACCUUCUCCCUAUAUACCCAGGUGUGGACCGACAGCGUGAACCAAGAAGUCAUGAAAAGAACCGUGAUCGACCUGGAGACCGAUUAUAUAUUUCUAGUUCCCACCCAGCAGACCCUGGCUUUACAUCAUCAACAUGCAAAGAGUGCCAGGACAUACAGUUACGUCUUUUCCCAGCCAUCUCGAAUGUUGAUCUACCCUAGCUGGGUCGGGGCCGACCAUGCUGACGAUCUACAGUAUGUCUUUGGGAAACCUUUUGUCACACCAUUGGGCUAUCGGCCACAGGACAGAACUGUUUCCAAGGCUAUGAUUGCCUACUGGACAAACUUUGCUCACACAGGUGACCCCAACAAAGGGGAAUUAUCUGUACCGAUUGGCUGGGUUCCAUAUGACACUCAGCAGGGCUACUACCUGGAGAUCAACAAGGACCUCAACUAUGAUUCAGUAAAACAUGGUUUGCGCAACCAAUAUGUGCAGUUCUGGAGCACAUCCUACCGCAACCUUCCAGAUGUCAUCUAAAGUUGAAACAAUGUGAGAAUUGGCCACUUCUGAUUGCCUAAAAAUCAGGCUUUGAAUAAACUGAAGUUGACUCUCGCAUGCAUACCAA